GUCACCCACCGUCCGUUGUCACUGCUUUCUCUCUUGGUUACAUUCACUGCCGUCAGCGGUCGACUUGCAGGUCAUUACUUCAUUGCUAUCUCAAUUGCGUUUCUAGUCCUCAAAUCGAGCCAAAAUGUCAUCAUGUCCAACUUGGUCCACGAACACCCAGCAGCAAACGCCAUGUGAAAUAGUGGGAGUGGUGUACAGUUCGUGUCCGAAUACGAUGAAUAAUACCAUUUCUCCUUCCUCUUCCGAGGGUUCCUUCGUUCCUGAUAGCUCAAAUGCGACUUGGUGCACUUGUUCCUGGGCAAGCUACAACUUGAUAAGUGCCUGUACGUUUUGUGCCACGGGAUCGCCCUCCUUAGUGAGCUGGGACACAUGGAUAACGAAUUGUAAUGGAAGCACGUCAACAACAACAUACUUUCCUUGGGAUGAGGGAAUAAGACUCCCUUCCAACGCGUCAAUAAUACCUUAUUAUGCGAGCUACAAUCCUAGUUACUACUCCAACGGGACAUUUGUCCAGUCCACUGCCUCGGAUAAUAGUGCUACGGGAAGAGGCAACGUGAAUGGAUCACCCAUUAGCGAUCCUUCUUCUUCGAGCUCACCGUCCAGUUCUUCGUCUUCAGCAACUCCUAUCGGUUCGAUUGUUGGAGGUGUUGUCGGGGGAACGGUUCUGCUGCUUCUGUUAUGCGGCUUUUGCUUCUUCGUUAUUUGUCGGAAACGCAGAAGAGCAGCACAAUUUCCGCACAAAAUGACACUGCCCACAAUGAAUGGAUACCCUCAAACGUCAGCUGCGAUGUCUACCUCUUCUUACGCUAUUCAAUCCAAUAAUAUUCCCAACGGUCCGUCAGUAACAAGUCUCCAUUCGCUCCACAUCGCUUCACCCACCUCCACUGUUCGUCCUAUGCUUGUCUCGCCUUUGGCGCCUCCUAUCGCCCCUGUGUUGUCACCCGUUGGCGAUGCAGCUGAUGUAAUCACACCAUUCCUUGCCACCCAACCAUCACGACCAAGCACCCCAGACAGAAAGAAUGCCGAAAGUUACGGUGAACCUGCACAAGAGCGUGCCAUGUCACCGCAAUCUCAAAGAUCACGCAUGAACCCACCCCCUUAUACCCCAUCAUCCCCCACAUCCUCAAGACAUUCCCGCACUGGGUCCAACUCUUCCAGGAGGCUUUCUGUCAUGAGGCACUUCAGGCGGGAAGGUGGCUCAGGGGACACGACCAUCCAGUCAGCCAUGGGCCAGAGGAGGACGCGCGCCCCGAGAAUGCACUCUUCAACGAGUGCUGAGAGCGCCAUGAGUGACUCAACCGCCGCAAGUGCGAGUGACAAUGGGCGGAAUGUAAGGACUACCCUUGAACGCACUACAACGACAGCUGCUUCAAGUUCACGUCGGCCUGUUGUGUAGAGAAUAUAUUUGUGUCUCUUCUUGGAUCUUCCAUCGGGUGUAGACAAUACGUGCGGUUUCGAACUGUGAUCGUAUAUGUUUCGUCUAUGUAGUAAUGGAUUUUCUGUGCAACGGAUAGUGUAGUGGGUAUUCGAGCGUUGCGAGAAAUGGUGGCACAAUAGUUUGCAUAUAUGCGGUAGGGUUAUAAAACAUUUUCUCAAGCUCAGAGGAUAGGGGGGAGCGCAAUCAGGUCUAGUACAUAUUCAAUGAUAUCCUUCUUCUCCUCUUGACGCUUUAUAACAUCAGUCUCCACAGAGUCCUGUGUGAUAACUUUAUACACAAAAACUGUCUUGUCUUGGCC